AUAACGGCGUCUCCCUCCCCUUUCUCUCCUCAAAAUUCGCCGUAAAAUCAUGUGGAAGGAACACUACGACGUGCUCAUCGUCGGUGCUGGUGUCGCAGGCUCCGCCCUUGCCCAUGCGCUGUCCACCCUCUCAGCGACCCGCGCACGCCCUCUGAAGAUUGCGCUGCUGGAGCGCUCCUUGGCCGAGCCGGAUCGGAUCGUCGGCGAGCUGCUACAACCAGGCGGUGUAAACGCGUUGAAGGAGCUGGGAAUGGAGGACUGUCUGGAGGGCAUCGACGCCGUCCCAGUUAAGGGGUACUGCGUGGUACGGGCUGGGGGCGACGAGACGGUGCACAUACCCUACCCAGCCGGGCACGAAGGCCGCUCCUUCCACCACGGCCGCUUCAUCCAAAACCUACGCGCCAAAGCCCGCGCUGCGCCGCGUGUCACCGUCCUGGAAGCGACCGUGAACGAGCUCAUCGAAUGCGACCUCACGCACCGCGUCCUCGGCGUCGAAGCCACACCGAAGGAGACCGGAGUCAAGGAGUCCUUCUUCGCCGACCUCGUCGUCGUCGCCGACGGCUGCUUCUCCAAGUUCCGCACCCAGGUCCUCUCCGGCUCCGCGACCCCGAAGCCCGCGACGCGCUCGCACUUCCUCGGCGCCGUCCUCACCGACGCGCCUCUCCCCCUCGCGCAGCACGGCACCGUCUGCCUCGUGAAAGACUCCGGGCCCGUCCUCCUCUACCAGAUCGGGACGCACGACACGCGCAUGCUCGUCGACCUCAAGGAGCCCCUUCCUGCCGACCCGAAAGCGCAUGUCCUCGCGCACAUCGUCCCGCAGCUUCCACCAUCGCUGCACGUUCCCGUCGAGAAGGCGCUCGAGGCCGACCGACUACGGCGCAUGCCCAACUCGUUCCUCCCCGGCGCGGAGCAGGGCACAUCACACCAGAAGGAGGGCGCGGUGCUCCUCGGCGAUGCAUGGAACAUGCGCCAUCCGCUCACGGGCGGGGGCAUGACCGUCGCGUUCAACGACGUCGUCAUGCUCUCACGCCUACUCGUGUCUUUGGACGAUCUGCACGACUGGUCGCGGGUGUCGCGUGCGCUGCAUACGUGGCAUUGGCGAAGAAAACGCCUGGCCGCGACGGUGAACAUCCUUAGCGUCGCGCUUUACGAUCUGUUUGGUGCUGAGGACGAGCACCUGGAAGUGCUCAGGACAGGGUGUUUCAAGUACUUUGAGCUGGGUGGCGAUUGCGUAGCGGGCCCGGUCGGUCUGCUAUCUGCCAUCACGCCUUCGCCCUUCCUUCUCUUUCGCCACUUCUUCGCGGUUGCCUUCUACUCCAUCUGGGUCAUGUUCACUCACCCUCGGCCGGUACCCGUCCCAGGCCAGCUCAAACCCGUCAUGGCGAAACCGGGGAUAGAUGAGUAUCCCGCGCUCCUCCUGAAGAGCGUCCGUGUUUUUUGGACAGCGUGUGUCGUGUUUGGACCACUCAUGUGGAUAGAGCUGUUCUAGACCGGUUUCCGUCAAAGCCUACGUUGCUACGAUGUUUGGAACGGUGCGAGCACAGUCAUCCAGGUAUUUAUAUGUAUUGUAAACAGCGCUGAGGAGCUCGUAAUACCACUAGAUAGUCCGCCACGAGGUCUUCAUAUGGCUAUUUUUCUGUUUGGAUUGAUGAUGCGCGCC